UCGUCAAGAAUUGACACCUCGUCCAGUGUCAAUGGAGAAGUGCUGUGAGGAAGACGUUUCGGAAGGUGCAGAGUGCAAAAUAAAUGCAAUUUAAGCGAUUUUGUGAUAUAAAAUAUAAGGGAUUUACCAUUUUUCUGCACACCGGAAGGACGUGAAUGUAUACGAGGAUGUCCAAGGCGUCGAAUGCUCCGUAUCCGGCUGAUUUGAGUGACGAUGAGUAUGAUGAUGAGCUUUUCGAUUGUGGUGCCAAUGUGUCUGAAUCGGACCUCGAUGAUUCCCUUGAGAGUGCUGUCCUGAAGACGCGGGGAAAUCUGAAGAUUACAAUUGUUCCGGACAGAACGCAGAAUGCGGGGUUGAAUGGGAAGCCUUUCGAUGCCACACUGUCGCCGGAAGUACAAGUGUGGUUUGAGCAGUUUAAGCAGAUUUGGAAUCAAUACAAAAAAGGUCCCGUUGUGUCAAAAUCAUUGCAAAUCUUCUACACAACCUGCGAUAAUCCAUUUCUAACGAGCUUAAAGCUGUUUGCAGACUGUCUAAAUUUGUCGAAUAUCAAGCCAAAUAGUAUGGCGUAUGCUAUUCUCGAAGAGCUGCAGAAGUACAAAAAGAGCAACAAUUCCAAUGUUGCAAAGCACGUGGAUGACAAUCUGAAGAUGGUGGCGUUUAAUUUCGUGAAGGGACAGGGACAGUUGAAUCUCUUCAAGGUGGCCAAAGAUGCGUUUAAUCUUGUGGAGAGCAAGGCACUCUUCGUGGGUGAGGUGAAGGCGAUGGUGCAGCAGCAGGAGUACAAGGAAGCGUGCCAAAUAGCGACGGAACUGGAACUCUUUCAGGAGUUCGAUUUGUAUGAACUGGUGCUGCCGCUGCUGCUGCAGGACAAGGAAACUGUGGUAGAGGAGUAUCUCAAUGGGGCUGUGCACUUGAGGAGGCCACUCGUGGAGUUGCUGGAUACAUUUUUGGAUAGGAAGCAAUCUGUGGCGAACAAUUGCGGAUGGCUGAUCGCCAAGUACAAUUAUCCUGAUGUUCGGUACAAUAAGUUGGACACGAAACCAAUGACAAAACUCAUCCAGAGAUUGGCCAAAAUGUACGAUCUGCCCAAGGAACUGACGCCAAAUAUGAAUAAGAGGCACAAUCACGGUGCGCUGCAGUUUGUCAUCCACAAGCGAUUCGUGGAGAAGAGCUUGAACAAGGAUUCUUGGCAGGAGAUGGUUAAGGUGACGGUGCCAAUGGAUGCUAAUGAUCUGCACGUGGAGCUCGUGAAUGCGUGCUCGGAUUAUGGUGAUAUAUCCGAUGGUGCAAUGUGGGCGAAGCACUUUGAUGUGCCCCAUUCUCUUCUGCCGCUGUGCGUGCGUGAACUGGUCACAGGACAACCGCUAACGUAUUCGAAGUUCUCCUGCCCGGAUGACUGGGAUGAGGAGACGAAGGAGCGUCAGGAGGACUUUCAUGGACUUAAUAGCGACACGAAGGUUCACCUCGUGACAACGCGUCCAGAGUUCUGUGAAAUGAUGAACCAUUUGCGCGAACAGAGUGUUGUGGGCUUUGACACGGAGUGGAAGCCAACAUUCCAUGGGAAUAACGAUGUGGCGCUUAUUCAACUCGCGACGCGUAACAGAAUCUACCUGAUCGAUGUGAUUUGCCUGAGAGUACAAAGUGAGGAUUGGAUUCGACUUGGCCGGUGGAUUUUCAACAAUGACGAAAUCCUCAAGUUGGGCUUCUCACCGGCCACGGACAUCUUGGUACUCCAAAAAUCUCUGCCUACACUCAAUCUCCUGCCUAUGGCGUCACUGGCGGCUGGAUAUCUUGAUCUACAAGAGCUUCGGCGACAUGUGACUCAUCUGCCAAAGUUUCGCUUCCCCUUCAGCGCGGCCACUGACAAGCAUUCUAGUGGCGUUCCACCGGGAGAGAAUCUGAGCAAUCUGGUGUAUCUCUGUCUGGGGCGGAAGCUGGACAAGUCCAAUCAGUUUUCAAAUUGGGAGAAGAGACCGCUGCGUCAAGACCAAAUCCACUAUGCGGCACUGGAUGCGUUCUGCCUCCUUGAAGUCUUCGACGUGAUUGGCGGCAUCCUCACGCGUUUGGGGUAUGACUUUGGAGAGUUUAUCAAUAACAUCCUCACGGAGUCGCGUGGAAAGCGCACAAAUGUCUCACGUAAAUCACAACAGUAGAGAUGACAAGACGACGAAAAAAUGUGUUCACGUCGCGCCGUUCAUUGAGCGUUCAUGGGUGAGAGUGAUGAAGAUGAUGCUAUAUGAAAUAAAAAAAAACACAUGAAUGAAAUGCGGAAGGCGAUACAAGGUACAGAAAAUGUAUGUAAGAUUGUAAUGAAAAAAUUGGGAAUUUUGCCAAUGGUUCAUAUAUUACCAACAUAAAUUAUGUGUGUGUUGGCGUAUUUUUGAAAAAUUGAUUUUACCAACAUCGCAGCAUAAUGACAUACGAUAUUGUGUAGUUGGGCUGAAAUUAUGUAUCAAAUCAUAAAUAUAUAUUA